GAGCAACGUAGCGCCUCAGUCAAUAUCGAAGACAUGCAAAGCUUACAAAAGGAAUUAAGAGAACUUAAUGUGUGUCCGCCGACAAGAAGAAAGAAUGAGUCAAACACUCCAGAAACUUCUGAUAGAAAUACAGCUGCCACGACGUCCCCGUCGCAUUUGGAUCACUUCAUACGAGACCUGGAUGAACGAAAAGGCAAGCUAUCUUGUUGUCAAGAGGUCACUGAAAUUCAAACCAGUGUUGAAAGCUUUCUUAAAACUCUUCUUGAGAAAGUAGAGAAAGACCAUCCAUUCUACAAAACAACACUUAUUAAAAGUGGAAGCUUCUACGAAGGAACGAAAGUCGGAAAACCCGACGAGUUCGACUAUUUUGUUCAGUUGGAUAACUUCUCUCAACCCGAAGAUAUUCGUUUUGAGGAGUUAGCACAUAGUGUAGUUACAGUGAUUCCAAGCGAAUCAGCUUUCGAAAAGCUUUUAAAGGUGAAUCCUAGCCUUUGUUCUUUUGACUGGAGAGAAACGAUAAAGAGGCCGUUUUUCGGAGCAUUGCACAGUAAGUUGGCCAGGGGGUUUGAAGCGUUCGAUCUGCAAGUCCUUUCAGACACAACGCGUAGACAUGGCCCUGCUUAUACUUUACACCUCAAAUGGACUGGAGGGAAACUAUACAAAGGAUUAAACAUCGCUGUUGAUUUGGUUUUAGCAGUGAAGAUUAACUCUCAUUCUUCAACUAUGGAAGUAGAUCUUGAAUCUCGAGCCGGAAGCGUUGUGUCGUCUUUGUUACAUACUUUACCAUACUACUUUGCAAUAAACGGAUACAAGGAACGCACACUUUCAGUACCAAACUUAUUCAAAGAGGUGCAAAAACGUAGAGAAGAAGGUUUAGGCUUACCAAUAUCAAUAACCGAUCAAUCUGAUUGCCUUUUACGUAUUUCUCAGUCUUGCCUCGAACAGUCACUCUUCCGUGAUCAUUUUGGUCCUGACGGUGGACCAAGUGUCUGUCUCAGGGUGCUCAAGGUGUUGCGUGACAUGACUCGCAAAUUUGAUCAGCAUGGCCAUCUGCAUGCUGGCCUGUUCUCUGGUAAAUGCCAUCUAUGCCAACCCAUGGACACCUUUGAUAAAAGUAAAUCUGUUGACCAGAAUGUACGGGAAUUUAUUAACAAUGACGAGGAAAUUAAUUCUAAGGGGCAUGAGAGAGUUAUCUCUUUGUUUAGUGAUACAGAACCAGCCGAAUUUAUUUCAUCAUACACCCUCAAAUCUCUUGUUUUGUUUGAAUGGAGUGAAAACCCAGAAGACGAGCAGUGGACUGGGAGCAACCUCACUCAACGUAUUGUGAACAUAUUUACUGUUCUUCUUGAUUUCUUAAAGCAAAAUGAAGGGAUAAGAAGCUUUUGGUAUGAAGACUACCAUGUUCUCUCCCUGACUUGGGAAUCUCGUGAUGUUCUCCGGUCUGAUGCCAUCAACAGGGUGGCCAUCAUUUUGAAAAGUUUAUCAUCCUUACGAACUGCCAGCCAAUAUUGUUUUGAGGGUUGUGUUCAAUCUCUUACAAGUUUACUGACGUUAGCUCGCCGUAAGACGACAUUGGCAAGAUUCUUGCACAGUGCACUUCGAGAUAUUUUUUGUGAUCAGAUUAGAGAGGUUCUGAAGGAAUCCGUUUGUAACACGAAAAAGAAAGAACGUCCUCCUAUUCCAACAGGUCUUGAAUGGAUGAUGAGAGUAAUACAUGUUGAUGUAGGUUCCAUUUUCUGUGGUAUCUACAUUCAAGCUCUUCUUGAAAAAUUAGCGCCAGGGGAGGAAUUUCAAUUUUUUAGUUCUUACUUCAAAAGAAAGAACUACACGAUAUUUACUAGUAAUUCAUUCAAUGGUGAUAGGUUUACUCGGGAAGAAGCUGAGGAGAUUGUUAAGAAUGCAAGAGAUAUUUUUGAGGAAAAUGGACUUAAAAGAAUGACUGACGAUCUUGACUUACCAGACUAUAGCCUCUGGUCACGGGACUUCAAAUAUGAUGAGGUAGCAAGCUUGCUAAAGUUGCUGCGCGAGAACUUUGAAAAAGACAUUGAACUCAUGAGCAAUAAAAUCAAAGCUUUAAAAGAAUCAAGAAAGACUGGCAAUGGCGAGUAA